AAAAAUUAAAAACUAUUAGCAGUAGUAAUGACGCUUGAAAUAGGAGAAACGGAUGUUUUUAUUGUAUCAGCAGGAAGAACAGCGCUAGGAAGUUUUCAAGGAAGUUUAUCAAGAUUAUCAGCAGUAGAACUUGGGAUUCAUGUUGUUAAAAAUGUGGUUGAAAAAUCUUGUAUUAAAGCAGAAGAAGUAGAAGAAGUGGUAAUUGGAAACGUAAUUUCAGCUAAUCUUGGACAAAAUCCAGCACGCCAGUGUGCAUUAGGUGCAGGACUUUCAGAAAAGACAGUAUGUACAACAGUCAAUAAGGUUUGUGCGUCAGGAAUGAAGGCAGUAAUUCUUGGAGCACAAUCUAUUCUCGUUAAAACAGCAGAUAUUGUUGUUUCAGGAGGGAUUGAAUCAAUGUCAAAUGUUCCAUUUUAUAAUUCAUCAGUAAGAUCGGGAUCUCGAUAUGGUCAUAUUACACUUACAGAUGGCCUUAUACGGGACGGAUUAUCAGAUGCAUAUAGUGAUGAACCUAUGGGAAUUGCAGCAGAGUGUUGUGCACUUGAAUAUGAAAUUAGUCGAAAAGAACAGGACGAUUAUGCUAUUUCUAGCUAUAAAAGAGCCCAAAAGGCACAUGAACUGAAUCUUUUUAAAGAAAUUAUCCCAAUAAAAGUUUCUUUAGGCUCUAAAGAGCCAAGUAAAAUAAUUGAUAAAGAUGAGGAGAUAUCGAAUUUGAAUGAAGAGAAACUUAGAAUAAUUAAACCAGCAUUUAAAGCAAAUGGAACUGUUACUGCUGGAAAUGCAUCUACUAUAAGCGAUGGGGCAGCUGCUUUAGUCUUAGUAUCAGGAAAAAAGCUUAAAGAAUUAGGAUUAAAGCCUAUUGCAAAAAUUCUUGGUUGGGGAGAAGCUUCCCAGUUACCUAAAAAAUUUACUACAUCUCCGUAUUUAGCUAUUUCUAAAGCUUUAAAAUCUGCAAGACUUUCAACUUCUGAUGUUGAUUAUUAUGAAAUAAAUGAAGCAUUUAGUGUAGUAGCACUUACUAAUUCAAAAAUUCUUAAAUUGGAUUUAAAUAGAGUAAAUGUUUUUGGAGGAUCUGUAGCUAUGGGGCAUCCUUUAGGAUGUUCAGGUGCACGAAUUAUUACAACUCUUCUUUCUGUUCUUCAGCAUCAUAAAGCUAAAAUAGGAGUAGCAGCAAUAUGUAAUGGGGGAGGAGGUGCAUCUUCCAUAGUUAUAGAAUUGCUUAAUCCUUUUUAUUGAUUAAUUAUUUAUU